GAACUGAUGAAACGGGAAUUUGGGGGACUGGAACCCUGGCAUGUGGAUCGGGAAAAACACCGCCACCACUCCCCGGGCGGUUCCAGUGUGCCAGCGCUCCUGAUUCGCACCUGUGCGGCUGGUUCAACGCGACGCCUGCACGCAGCCUCCACAGAGCUGGCGGGGAUUGGAAUAAACGGACCGGGAAUGGGCGCAGGUGGUCCAGCCCCCGCCCCCGCCCGGGCCUCGUGCGGCCCCAGGUGAGCGAGUGAAAGCCCGGCCUCUGCAGCCUCCGCCCCACCAUGGACCCGGCGCCUGGCACUCUGGAUCUCCGCGCGGCGACGCCCGCGCUCCUGGGCGUCCCGCAGGCGGAGGUGCUGGAGGAGGUGUUGCGGGAGGAGUUCGGGCCGCUGCCCCAGCUGGCCGCCAUCUGCCGGCUCAAACGGCUGCCCUCGGGCGGCUACUCUUCCACCGAAGACCUCCAGUUGGUGCUGGAGCGAAGGCGCGUGGCCAACGCUAAGGAGCGCGAGCGGAUAAAAAAUCUCAACCGUGGUUUUGCCAAAUUGAAGGCACUUGUGCCAUUUCUUCCCCAAAGCAGGAAGCCCAGCAAAGUUGAUAUCCUUAAAGGCGCAACUGAAUAUAUACAGGUUCUCAGUCAUGUUUUGGAAGAAGCUGAAGACUCAGAGAAACAAGACCCAGAUGAGCAGAGCUAUAGUAGCAGCACUUCUGAACCACAUAUAUCCUCCACUAGAGAGCUAUCAAGAAACAUCAUCCAAGGUAUCAGCUGUGCUUUCAGCUUGAAGAAUGAAGAGGAAGAGCCUUGGGCAGAUGGUGGCAGUGGUGAGCCGACACAUUCAUGUCGCCAGAGAGUGUUGUCUACAACUGGAGUCAUGUCCCCAACCAGAAGUCUGACUUCCACCAGUAUGAAAAAUGAAAAGGCCCAGGGUUACCUUCUAAAGACAAAUAAAUGCAGUCUUGAAAGUUUUGGAAUCUCUUUUUUAAAAAAGAAAUUUUGCAAGAAUUCAGUUUAACAAUUAGCCUUUUAAAUAGCCUUGC